ACACCAGAUCCUUGGAAAAGUGGUGCUAGAAAUACAACAGAAAAAUAAAAGUCAAUGUUUAAAGCCCUUGCAAAAACAACAGAUCAUCAACAAUAUCAGAGGGAGGAGGCAGAAAAGCUGGUGAAAAUAAACUUCUUACUGCAAAGAAUAACAGAUUUACACCAUAUCAGCAGUUCACAAAGUGUAAGAUUUGUAAACAAGUUGUUCACCAAGUUCAUUCACAUUACUGUCAAGGUUGUGCUUACAAGAAAGGAAUUUGUGCAAUGUGUGGCAAACAAGUUUUAGAUACAAAGGAUUACAGGCAAACUUCUUGUUAGUUUUUAGCUAUUUGUUCAAUUUUUUUUUUUAUUAAACAUGGCAUUUGAUGAAGUCAGCAGUCCAGUUCUUGCUAAAAAAUUCUCUGCAAUUGAUUUUAAUGCAGAAGAAUAUGUUAAAAGUAUUCUUUCGAAGUGUGAUAUUUAUCGGACUUUAUAUGAUCAGCGUAAUAACAUCCAGACUUUGGGAGAAGAGACAGCUGUGUCACUUAAAAAGAAUGUGUAUAAGAAUUACCGACAGUUCAUUGAUACAGCAAAAGAAAUUUCGUACUUAGAAGCUGAAAUGUACCAACUUAGUCAUUUGCUAACUGAACAGAAAGCAUUAUUGGCAGAUCAGAUUGAAACUGUAAUUUUUGACCAGCCUAAAGCUGUUUUAGUCCAGAAAGAAGAAAAAAACGAAGAGCAAAAUAGUAAAAAAAAAGAUUUUAUUGCAAGUUUAAAAGCCACUAAGGAUGUGAUUAAUCAGUUAAUUUUAAAGGAAUUAAUUCUUAAUGGUGAACUUACAGAAUACGACCCCGAAACUUAUUCUUCGAUCCAUAAGAUAAACGCAUGGCUUAUGACGGAUACGUUACUCAUAACCACCCUUUUGAAUAACGGAAAGUCUACAAUUUUAACCACAUUUGAUUUGAGCGAUCUUGCUGUUGUUAACGUCAGAGAUGGGCAAGGUGCUAAAAACGCUUUUAAAGUUUUGUAUGCUCUUGAAACAAGAAUGUUUAGCGCUCCUACAAAAGACAUGAAACUGGCAUGGCUUGAUAAAAUUGAUCGUGCUAAAAAAAAUUAUGGCAAAACUGUACUGCUUGAUCCACCUAAAAUGAUUGACAAGACAGAUAAAGAUAAAAAAUCCGAAGGGGAAACAGAAGAAAAAAAGAUAAAGCCGACUAUAUCUACAAAUUUUCCUAAAAUUAUCGAGUCUAAAUCAUUUCCAAAUUUACUAAACGCCGAUUGGCUGAACGAACUCCCAGAGGAUCUUGAUAUGAGUAUUGCACAGCGUGACUUUGAAGGUGCAGUUUUAUUAGUAGAAAAAGCUCGAAAUUAUAUUUCUGGAUUUCCUGAAUCUCCUGGCUUAUUAGAAAUAAAAAAAAAUAUUGAUUCUCGCGUUCAGACUCUGAUUGGUGCUUUUGAAAAAUCAUUGGAUAAUUCAAACUCUUCCAGACACGUGAGCCUAAGGUCUAUUCGUGUGUAUAUUUUGUAUCUUAUUAGGCUUGGUCAAGCUAAACUAGCCUGCAAGUUAUUUUUUCGAAAUCGCGGGUUUGAGAUAAAAAACAGCUUUAAACAGCUCAAAAUGGAGGGAGCAGUUACCAUGUACAUUGCGAAGCUUGCUGAAGUGUUUGUUAAUGCUUUGAUUGAAACAGGAAAAGAAUAUAAAAAAAUCUAUCCUCAAAAUAAAAAUGCAUCCGCUUAUCUUGUGUGGGUUCAUAACGAGCUGCAAUGUUUUACAGACAAGUUUUCCCGCCAGGUUUUUACUCGUAGCACCAACAUAUCUACCAUUGCCGCUUGCGUUCACAUAGCCUUAACUGAAUGUCAAAGGCUCGAAUCCAUCGGCGUUGAUUUAACUUUUGAUAUUCAACACAUGUUGCUGAAAGAUGUAAUGGCUAUUGUAUUUGAUACUAGAGAUCAAUUGCUUGAACGUGGAAAAAUGCGCGCUAUGGAGGAUACUUGGGAUGAAAUUGACUAUUCCAAAAGUCCGGAUAGUUUGAAUGAUUUAAAAAAUGAGUUCGAGUUGCUUAGGCUCGAAGGAAUCGAUGCAUAUUUUAGAGGAAACGUUGUUUGUCUUAGCUCCUCGACUCUUAUAUUUGCAAAGGACAUCCUUGCAUUUUUAUUUGAUGGAAUGCAAUUGUACAGUUCAGAACUUCAUUGCACUUUUAUACGAUGCUUAGUGGAUAUUUUCAAAGCACAAUCUAUUCAGUUUGAAAGUCUUUUGAAAGAACAAAUUAUGAAGCCAAAAAGAAACAUGAUUUUUGUGAAUGCGGAAUUCGUGUUUAGUAAAGUUUUAUCAUGUAUUGCUACUCAGUUGGAAGGUUUGGUUCGAAACGAUAUUGCAAUUUUGUUUGAUAUUAGUGAAGAAUUGACAAAGCUGCGCAAGUUUUUAUUAUAAAAAGUUUCUAUAAGUUGUCUUAAGUACGUAACUAAAUAUAUAUCUAUAAUUUGAUUUAAUAUUAUCAUUAUUAUAAGUUGUUAAUUUUCCUUAUUUAUUCGUUAAUAGAGUAAAUGUUUAUUUGGUCA